ACGACAGAGACGAGCUGUGCAAGCCAGCAUCAACGGCUCAUCAUUCCGUGGGCGCUUUCGGCUUUCCUCCCUCCUUUCGCGGCCGCUGAUCAACGCCGACGCCACCGCGCUGCUCCUCUCCCGAUGGACGCCGUCGCGUUCCCUCCGCCCCCGGCGCCUUUCCGCGACGACGACGUCGAUUUCGGCGAUUUCACCUUCGCCACCAAACCAGCGCCCCAGCAGCCCCUCGCCGAUCCCCGACCCGCCACCUUCGCCGCUUUCGAUGACGACUGGGGCGACUUCGUGGCGAGCCCGAUCGGAUCCAACCAGGACGCGUCCGCGCAGCCCACGUCCACCGCUUCCUCCUGGGAGAGGCCGCGGGGCCCGCUCCCUCUCUCUCUGUUCGGCGCCGAUGACCACGUGGAGGAUGGGCGGGAGGAGGAAGGACCGGCAGGGCCGCCGACGACGACCACGGCGCACCAGCGCGCCCCAUCCUCCGCCGACGGGUCGAGGCCCGCGGAUCUGAAGGACCUCAUCGCCGGCCUCUACGGAUCUCAGCCGCCCUCCGCUGCCGGCGCUGUGGAUGCGGGUGCACGGGAGGGGGCGGAGGAUGACGACGGGUUCGGAGAUGACGGUUGGGAAUUCAAGGCGGCGACGGCCUCACCUGCCGGACAGGAUGGAGGCGGACGAGCGCAUGGGGAUGGAAUUGAAAAAAUGGAGGAUAUAACAAGAUCAUUGGGCAGCGACCACGAAGACUGGUCAUCGUUUACCAGUGUCGAUGAAAAAUCGAACCAUGUUCAAACUACAGAUCUUAUUGGGACUCAUGAGUCCACAGAAGAAUGUGUGAAGGCCUCCAGGUGCUCUCCAGCUAGUAAUGCAGCCAUACUCAACCUGUACAAAGAAAGCGAACUGGCUGAUGCUAAUCACAUUGCGCAAAGCUCUGCAGAAAGUGUGCAGAGUUCAUCUGAUUUGUUUUCUAACAAUGAAAUGAACUCUUCAUUUGAAACAGAUGAAAACCAUUCGAUUAGAUCAACAAGUGAUAGCAGUUUGAUUGAAUUUUACCAUAGGCUGAGAGAAGAGUCCUUGACGGUAAUAUCCCGGCAUAUGAAGGAUCUUAAGGAAACACAGAAGAGUUCUAUGCUCUUUGAUGAAAACAGCAAAGCAACAGAAAUUGGAAGGGAGAUUCAGGAAAUUUAUGAUAAACUAAAAAAUUAUUCACUGCCUGAAGGCUUUUGCACAGAGGAGUGUCCUUUGAGGGAUGUAUGUACCACAGAACUGGUUAACAGUAUCAAAGACGAACAUCUAAAGGAUUUUGAGCAAGAAUAUCGUUUAGUAGAAAAGAUAGCACGGGCAAUGGAAGACACGAAUGUGGCACUUGAACUUUACAAGCACAGUGUGUCCACCCUACAUACCUUGGGACUAGCAUCCAAAGAGGAGCAGUGUGAUUAUGUCGGUGCAUGGUACAAUAUGCUUCUGUCCUGUGCUCAAGAAUUGCACCAUGGUGUAGCGCUUUGGCAACAAUCUUGCCAAGCAAAUGUCUGCAACCGAGUGAUUUCCGAAGUGGCAAUUAUGUUGGUUUUUACAGGUGCACAUAGCUUUAUUGCGCUUGGGGAGAUAUAUAGAGUUGCACAGAUCCUGUAUUUCUCCUUGCAGUGUUUCAAGCCUUGGGUUCUUGCAGAUCCUGGAAUGUUGAGUAAAAUGUUGUCGUGUUUGGACAGCUGUAGUAAUGCUUGGACUAGUGGUUUGGAAACGGCUCUUCAAAUGGUUGCUGACAGCAAUUGUGUAGAUGCACCUGUUGCUAAAGCUCUCAUGGAGUCCAUCAAGAAUAUCAAUGAACUUGAGGUGUGCAUUCUUCGAAAUUUUCUUCCCAGUGACGAGAUGUUGUGUAGACUAACCCUCCUGCCAACGAGUCUUGUACCAGGAAUGAAGGUGAUCACGUGGAACGGUGACCACUAUUUUGUAAAAGUUGCGAAUUUGUGGGCAAAUCGGAUAUCUUCUGAUUCUCCCCAGCUGUCACGCACUCCUGUCUCUUCAAUGAACAACGCAACACCACUUACCCAUCAUGUUGAAUAACGUAUUCCGACGGAAGAAUCAGAAGAUUUUUUAGUAAAACCUGUUCAACAAGUUGUCCUGGGGCUUGUAUAGAAAGAAACUGAGAAAUCACCGUGCCGACCACGGGGCUGCUUUUGGAGGAUCGAUCCACGGUAACUAUGUUCCUUCACUGGUCAUUCUUUUGUACAAGUCGUACUUUACACCAUUCUUUCUGUAGUGCCUGAUAAUGGCACUAGUAUAGCAAUAAAAGGAUAGGUCGCGUCGAGUUUCGAAUUGCCAUGUAUAACGUUGUGCUCAGACUGAAGUGUGAUGCAGCACGUUUAAGUGCAAACAAGUGCUUCUAGCGAUA